CAUCCACGGCCACCACGGCCGGAUUGCCGACGCCUGGCGCUACAGAGCGCCUUGGAGAGGAUAAGGAGGCCGUCCCCAAUGUCGUGGACAAACCCUAGCUGCUUUUCCACUUCCCCUCGCUCGCUCUCCUCUCCACAACACGCGCCCGAGACGCCGUCGCCGCCUCUCGUCGAUCCCGCGGCCACCGGCCUCCCCUCGUCGCGCCAAGAGGUCCAGGAGAACCGUCGUUGUCUACUUCGUCUACCCCGAGCACUGAAUCGAGCAAGGAAGGCCCGUACACUCGCCAUCGACCUCGUCUUCAACGCGUACAUCGCCGGCGUCCGGCGUCGAUUGCCGCCGCUCCGGUCCACCUCCGGCCUCCCCGACCUCGCCUUCGUGCUCACUUUUCUGUUUUUACCUUGUUUUAGGGUUUCGAAGAAAAGGAAAACCAAAUGGAGUUCAAUUGACCCGGAACUUCACGGAACCCAUUUUUGGAAGGAAAGAAGCCCAGAAGACUUGAAGUGCACGUAAGGGAAGCUUCGAGGAGGCCACGAGGUAGGGGGCGCGCCCACUCCCUAGGUGCGCCCUCCACCCUCGUGGCCCCUCUGACGUACCCCUUCCGCUUAUAUAUUUCCAUUGAAGGAAAUAUGCCCUAGAGGCAAUAAUAAAGUUAUUAUUUAUUUCCUUAUAUCAUGAUAAAUGUUUAUUAUUCAUGCUAGAAUUGUAUUAACCAGAAACAUAAUACAUGUGUGAAUACAUAGAC